GAACUCUGAAUUCCGAUGAGCCGAGAGACCUUGUUUUGCCUUACAAAGAUCGGUUCUUCAUCCAACCACUCACUCCGGCUCAGGCAGCUUAGAGGGCAAAGGAUAUUGGCCAAGGACAUUCUUGGUGUCAAGAGCUUGAUUGACAAAAAGGCAUGGCCCUAUGUCAUGAACGAUCUUCAGCUCAAGGCCGAGUAUCUCCGCUACGACCUUAAAACUGUCAUCUCUUCCAAGCCCAAAGAUGAGAAGAAGUCUCUCAAUGAACUAACUAAGAAGCUCUUCAACACCAUCGACGGACUUGACCAUGCAGCCAAGAUCAAGAGCACACCUAAAGCAGAGAAGUACUAUGCUGAGACUGCAUCAGCUUUGAACGAUGUCAUUGCCAAGCUUGGCUAAACAUUGUUUGUUAUAUUUUGAUGUAAGAAUUGUUCAUCGUUUGUAGAGGCACAUUUUCAAUUUU